CGGCGGGCGAGGAGCUGUUGGUGUGGUCACAAGGCGAGGACGACCCGGCCAUAGCGGCCGCGAUCGAGGAGGAGCCGAGCGAGCGCCCGCAGCCGCCGGCACUCCCCGAAGGCCCGCAGAGGAAAGAAGAAGACUCAGGAAGGUAAAAACAAGGGAAAGAAGGCAGCAGAUACAAAACAGAAAAAGACUGAUUUGGAUUCUACUUCUGCAGAUAUGAAGGAUUCUAAAGAGGGUCAUAAAGAGGAAGAUGAAACGCCUUCUGCUUCUGCUGUGCUGUCCCUGGAACAAACAGCUGUGAUUCAGGAAAUGGUAAAUCAGGAUGUGCUUCCAAAGCUGAUGAUCCCCAGUCCGACCAACGAACCACAAGUGGUACCUGAAGACAAGCAAGGAGAGGCAAUAAACUGUGCAUCAGAUGAUUUGGAUGACGAUGAAGAGGAGGAGGAUGAAGAAGAGGAAGAUGAGGAGGAGAUGGAAGAUACCAAUAUGCCUAAAGAAAAUGCUGAAAUGCCUUUGAUGUGCGAAGAAAAGUUAGACUCCCUGGAAGAACAAAAGAGCACGUCGGAGGAAUCGCCAGAAAACUCUCCAAAGAAAAAGCUCGUGGUGAAAAUCCCCAAAGCAAGAGGUGAAUCCAACGGUGACGUCCAGGAAACGUUCAUGUUUCCCUGUCAGCACUGUGAGAGGAAGUUCACAACAAAGCAAGGGCUCGAGCGCCACAUGCACAUCCACAUAUCCACCCUCAACCACGCCUUCAAGUGCCGCUACUGCGGGAAGGCCUUCGGGACCCAAAUUAACCGGCGAAGGCACGAGCGACGCCACGAGGCCGGGCCCAGACGGAAACCCUUCCUAACCUUGACCUCAUCACAACACCUGGAUAACGUUGCUGAUAACCAGGUAAUUGUGGAUGAUGGUCUUAAAGACGACCUGAACGUUCCCGGUCUCGUGCAAGACUCCGUUGUCUUGGAUUCUGAGAAGGCUUCCCAGGAAAUGUCCAACUCCGCGUUUGCUGAGGAGAACAAGGAGCCCAAAGAGUUGCACCCGUGCAAAUACUGCAAAAAGGUGUUUGGAACUCACACCAACAUGAGGAGGCACCAGCGCAGGGUUCACGAGAGGCAUCUUAUUCCCAAAGGGGUCAGGAGAAAAGGAUUCUUCACCGAAGAGCCACCGCUUCCCACAGAGCCGGCCCCGUCAGUGCAGAGCGUGUACAUAGCCAGCACGGAGAUCGAGGAGGAAGGGGAAGUAGAUGAUGUCUAUAUUAUGGAUAUUUCCAGCAAUAUCUCUGAGAAUUUAAAUUAUUACAUUGAUGGGAAAAUCCAGUCCAACAGCAGCACGAGCAAUUGUGAUGUGAUUCAGAUGGAGUCCAACUCUGCAGACCUGUAUGGGCUGAAUUGCAUCAUCAGUCCGGUCACGGUGGAAAUUUCCUCAAAUAUAAAGGUUACACAAACACAUGUGAGUGAACCUCCUAAGGAACCCUCUAGCAGUGGGAGCAGUGAAUCCAAAAAGAGAAGAACUGCCAGCCCUCCUCUUGUACCAAAAAUAAAAACUGAAAUAGACCCAGAACCUAUAACUCCUACAAGUUCUUUAAAUCUUCCUCUUAGCAUUUCAACAGAAAGCUUAUCUUUUCAUAAAGAAAAAGGGGUUUAUUUGUCAUCAAAAUUAAAGCAGCUGCUUCAGACACAGGACAAUAAGAAGAUAACUCCAUCAAGUGAAAUCCCGAAACUAGGACCUUCUGUUACAUCAUCACCUAUUUUGCCUCCAGUAUCCAGCAGAUUUAAAAGAAGGACCAGCUCUCCUCCCAGUUCUCCACAGCACAGUCCAGUGCUUCGAGACUUUGUCAAAUCAGGUGAGGGAAAAGCUGUGUGGAACGAUAGUAUUCGGAGCUCAAAAAUGCCAAAGCUAGAAAGCCACAGCAGCUCACCUGCUUGGAGCUUGACUGGAAGGGAGGACAAAGAGACUUUGAGCCCUCAUUGCUAUGAAGAAUACAAAAUAUCAAAAGACUGGACAGCAGCUCCAGCAUUUGGCAACGUGUGCAACCAGCAGCCGCUGGAUUUAUCCAGUGGUGUGAAACAAAGGUCUGACGUCAAAAGUAAGACUCAGGUUCCCUGGGAGUCCGUUUUAGACCUGAGCGUGCAUAAGAAGCCCUGCAGCGAUGCAGAGGUCAGGGAGUGCAAAGAAAAUUCCAUCCAGCCAACGUGCAGUGGUGUUAAAAAGAAGAAGCCAACCACGUGCAUGUUACAGAAGGUGCUGCUGAACGAGUACAACGGGACGGACGCGGCCCCGGAGGGCGCGCUGGGGGGGAGCGGCAGCGCCAGCCCCGGCAAAGCCCCGGAGCCUCAGGCAGAGCCCGACGUGGAUCCCGGGCUCUCGGCAUCGUCUUCCACUGACACUCAGCCCCUCAAUUCUUCCGCUUCCCCUGUGCCACAGGCACCCGCUGUGCCCCCUGUGUGCCAGCUGCCCCCCUUGCUAACCCCCACCAACCCCCCCUCCCCGCCGCCCUGCCCGCCCGUGUUAACAGUCGCUACAUCGCCUCCUCCCCUGCUCCCAACCAUGCCCUUACCCAUUCCAGAUGUGUCUGCCAGUGCCACUAACACCUCCUCCUGUCCAUCACCACUCUCCAACACUACUACCCAGUCCCCACUACCAGUUCUUUCACCUACAGUUUCUCCUUCUCCAUCCCCUGUUCCUUCUGUUGAACCUCUUAUUUCUGCUGCCUCACCUGGCCCUCCUACACUCUCUUCCUCGUCUUCCUCCUCCUCUUCCUCCUCUUUCUCCUCCUCCUCCUCUUCAUCAUCUCCAUCUCCGCCUCCUCUUUCAGUAGUUUCUUCUGUUGUUUCCUCUGCUGAUAAUCUUGAAAGUUCUCUCCCAAUAAUAAAACAGGAAGAAGCUGAAAACGAGCAGCAGAAAGCAAGAGAAGAUCCUCACACUUCCAGCGACUCGGGAGUCGUGCAGGAAACGUUCAGUAAGAGCUUUGUGUGCAAUGUCUGCGAGUCCCCUUUUCUUUCCAUUAAAGACCUAACGAAGCAUUUAUCUGUUCAUGCUGAAGAAUGGCCCUUCAAAUGUGAAUUCUGUGUACAGCUUUUUAGGGAUAAAACAGACUUGUCGGAACAUCGCUUUCUGCUCCACGGAGUGGGCAAUAUCUUUGUUUGCUCCGUCUGUAAAAAGGAAUUUGCUUUUUUGUGCAAUUUGCAACAGCAUCAGCGGGAUCUCCAUCCAGACAAGGAGUGCACACAUCAUGAGUUUGAAAGUGGGACUUUGAGACCCCAGAAUUUUACUGAUCCCAGUAAGGCCAACGCGGAGCACAUGCAGAGCCUGCAGGAAGAUUCCUUGGAACCUUCCAAAGAGGAGGAAGAUGAAGAUCUAAAUGAUUCCUCUGAAGAGCUUUAUACUACUAUAAAAAUAAUGGCUUCUGGCGUGAAAUCUAAAGAUCCAGAUGUUCGUAUGGGCCUCAAUCAACACUACCCGAGCUUUAAACCACCUCCCUUCCAGUAUCACCAUCGCAAUCCUAUGGGUAUCGGAGUUACUGCCACAAACUUCACUACCCACAAUAUUCCUCAGACUUUUACUACUGCCAUUCGAUGCACAAAAUGUGGGAAAAGUGUCGAUAACAUGCCCGAGUUACACAAACACAUACUGGCCUGUGCCUCUGCCAGUGACAAAAAGAGAUACACCCCUAAAAAAAAUCCAGUACCCCUCAAACAGACAGUGCAGCCCAAGAACGGCAUGGUGGUUAUAGCUGGGCCUGGGAAGAACGCCUUCAGACGAAUGGGUCAGCCUAAAAGACUCAAUUUCAAUGUUGAGAUUAGCAAAAUGUCCUCCAAUAAACUAAAAAUAAGUGCAUUGAAAAAGAAAAACCAGCUCGUCCAGAAAGCUAUCCUGCAAAAAAAGAAAUCUGCCCAGCAGAAGGCGGAGCUGAAAAAUAAUCCCUCCGAGUCGGACUCUCACAUCUGCCCCUACUGCAACAGGGAGUUCACCUACAUCGGGAGCUUGAACAAACACGCCUCCUACAGCUGUCCCAAAAAACCCAUCUCUCCCUCCUCUAAAAAGAAUUCUUCCAAAAAGAGUGCGAGCUCCUCGCCCGCCAGCAGUGACAAAGGCGGCAACCAGCGGAGGCGAACGGCGGACGCGGAGAUCAAGAUGCAGGGCACUCAGACCCACCUGGGCAAGACCCGGGCACGGACCUCGGGGCCGGCCCAGCUCCAGCUCCCCUCGGCCUCCUUCAAGGCCAAACAGAGCGUGAAAUUCGUACCUUCCAUGCGCUCUAAAAAGCCAAAUUCGUCUUCGUCCCUGAGGAACUCUAGUCCUGUAAGAGUGUCUAAAAUGUCCCACGUGGAUGGGAAAAAAACUAAGGUGGUCGCUAAGAACAGUUCCUCUGCAAUGCCCAGCAAAGCGUCCCGGAAAUUGCACGUCAGGAUACAAAGGAAUAAUAAAGCUGUUCUGCCAAGUAAAUCUGCUGUGGCAAGUAAGAAAAAGGCAGACAGGUUCAGUGUAAAGUCUAGAGAGAGGAUUGGGGGACCCAUCACGCGGAGCCUGCAGCAGGCAGCAAAUGCAGAGGCAGCAGAAAACAAAAGAGAUGAAAGCAGUACAAAGCAAGAGCUAAAAGAUUUCAGGACUCUCCUGUAAAAAACAAACCAAACAAACAAAAGUCCCUUACUGCCAUGGUAGAGCUGUUGCUCCUCUUAGGAUAAGCACUACGCCAAGGGAUGGGAAAUGCAAGCUUGUGAAACCCUCAGGAGCUGACUCACAAUCACAAAAUUCCCUGCAGGCUUCUUGCUAACGCUCAGUGUCAGGCCUAGAUUUCCUUAUUUCAUGCCUGCCACGCACAGGAUGAUUCAGAUUAAAGAGGAUGCUACUUAAAACAAUUAAACCCCACGGGAAAUCAUCAAGAGAAAUAGUGGGAUUAACUAAACCAAGUCUCUGCUCUGGUGUUUGCUCAGCUCCUGCUUUGGUCCAAACCUUCGUGGAGUUCAUUGGCUGCUUGGCAAAGCAGUGUGUCCAGAACUCAGUGUAGAUUCAGGGACAACAAUUGCUGCACUCAAAAGUAUUUUUGUCAUGUAUUAAGUCUCUUAAAGCCUUUUGUCUAAAUGAAUCAGUAGAGGCCAACCCAGCACGGCAGAAAUCUCUUUUCUUCCCACCUUCUCCUCGCUUCCUGACUCUUUUCCAUGUCCUGCAUACAAUGGGAAAAAAAAGCCUCAAUUGGGUGUUUUAUGAAUUUUCCAAGUUCGUAUUUACACACGCCAAUAAAACUUUCUAUAGCAACAGUGAGUUUCUAAACAGCAGAUAUUUCAUGGAUGCAGUGUAUCUUUUUAUGGAUCAGAAGGCCAGAGCAGGGCUGCAGACCUGCAUAUUUUGCAAGUUAAAUCUCUAAUUACUCUAAAAGGUUGUACACCUCUAAUGAUUUAAGACAACAGAUCGGUCUAUUGUUCAUAACAGCUUUUUCUGGAAAUGCCAUUUGUCACGUGUUCCUAGAGCUUUCAAGAUUAAUGAUGGAAUGGAUGGAAAGUGACUUAGUUUCUUUAUACAGCCACCCCUUAUAUUUUUGUUCUUGACUUAAAAAGUAAUCUACCUCUUAAAAAAUUUGUAGUUUAAUACUUGUUUGGUGAAUUUGUGCCACUUUAACUUUCACUUUCACUAUCAUUCCCAUUUUGUUACAUUUCUGUUAUGGGGACUUUAUGUUGAAAUAUUGUAUAAAGCAUUUGUAGCAAGUUUAAAAAAAAAUAAAAUAUUUAAAAUUAUUUAAAUUGUUUUGGACACUUCAAUUGUACUAUAUGUGAUUUGCAUUUUACAUUAAUUUCAUUUUGUUUUCAUUUUGGGUUGUUAAUCUUGGAGCAUGUUCCUGUAUUAAAGUUUGCUGUUAGUUAUAUUGUUUCUUCUAUUGGAGAGUGCUAUAAAGACUAUUCUAAUGAAAACAUUAAAAUUACAAUUUGACAUAAAA